UCCCGUCGGCCUCUGCCUCUCCUGCUCGCUCCCGCGGCGCGUUGGCCCAGACCAGGAGCGCGCACGUCGCCGCCACGGCUCCCUGCAGCUGCUCCGGCCCGGCUCUCGCGGCCCGCUCCGCUGUCUCCACUUCUCCCCCGCCGGUCUCGCUCUCUCUCGCCCGGCCGCCUGCGACGAAGGAAUCCGGCGGCGGCGCCGGGGAGGGGCCCCAGCGCCCCGCGACGCGUCCCGACGACGACGACGACGACAACCCUCGUCGAGCUCGCGCCUCGCGGACCGAGCCACCAACCGCCGCCGCCUUGUCCCCUCCCCUCCCCCUCCGCCCUGCCAAGAAUCCCUCAGAAAAUGAUGCAUCCUGUUGCCAGCGGUAACUCCCCUUUCUGUGGGCCUGGGAAGAGUUCUUGCCUUAAUGAUGACAACGUGACCCCCACUGAUCAGUUUGAUUUGUAUUCCACACAACAAACCAAGUAUAGCCACACAGUCAGCCACAAGCCAAUACCAUGCCAGAGACAAGAUGCGUUAAAUGAACCACAUUUGCAGACCACAAGUGGCAGGAGUAUAGAGACGAAAGAUGAUAUAAAGAAAAAGAAAAACCUCAACAGAUCUGGUAAACGUGGAAGACCUUCGGGGACCACAAAAUCAGCGGGCUACAGAACGAGCACAGGUAGACCGCUGGGGACCACCAAAGCAGCUGGAUUUAAGACAAGUCCAGGUAGACCCUUGGGUACAACUAAAGCUGCAGGAUACAAAGUCAGCCCAGGGAGACCUCCAGGUAGCAUUAAAGCUCUAUCACGGCUUGCAAAUCUAAGUUAUACUUGUAGCAGCGCAGCAUUUCCCUAUGCUGUGGUACAUAACAGAGGAGUGCAUGCUGCUGGUGAAACAAGUAGCAAAAUCAAGCAACCCGCUGAGUGAAAAACGAGGAAUUAAGUAACAUUUCCUCAGUAAUUAUUUUUAAAUUAUCUGAGUUGUGGCAUGUUUUUUUCACUUCUUUUGUAACAUUUCCAUAACUUACUUUCCUACAUUUUAUUUUUUUUAAGAUGUCAUAUCAUAAUCACUUAAUGUUUCUUACGUUCACAAGCGGACUCCUCAGUGGUGCCCUUGUCUAUUUCCAGAAAAUAAUUACUAAUAUUCUAAGUGUCAAAGUUAUUGUCUGGCCAUUUUAGUUAUGUGGUUAGCAAUUCAACUAGCAGAAUUCUGCAUCCUAGGUUAUUUAUAGUCAAAAUAAAGACUUGUUCAACAAGUAACCAGAAGAAACUAAUAGAAACCAAUUAUUCAGGACAGCUUUACCAGGAAUAGUUCUGUAAAAUUUGCAGUGUACGUGUCUCUUUUUUCUUUUUCUUUUUGUUAAUAGGAGGAAGUAGAAAAAGAACUAAAUUUUCCACAAUGGCUGGAACUUAACACGGACCUCAAUAUUUGUAGAUACUUCAAAAUUUCAAAACUAUAUUUUUAAAAAAGUGGUCAUUCCAGGCAGUCAUUGCAUUAAAGUGCUAUCAGUUUCAAGUAAUCCAAACAUUUUAAAAAAAUCCUAUGUAGCACCUGAUAUAUAUCCAAAGUGCUAUUUUUCCAUUAAAGUAUGGUAGCUCUCCUGCAUAUGCUAACUGUUGGACACUGACUUACAAUUUAUAAAAGCCUAAGACUACACAUACCAAAUCAAAAAGAAUUAAAUAUUUGAAAUAUUUUAUAACUUAACUUCUAAAAAGUGCUAUCAAAUAUGCAAAUAAUGUACAGGUGUAGUAAAAGUUGUGGCUGAGAUUCUGCACAUUUGUGUGCUCCUAAAUCCAGUCCAUUUCAGUGACAUUUGGCAUACACAGAUAUAUGUGAGAUUUGCCCUUUGUUCUCAGAUCUGUCAAUAAAUAUACACAUUUUAAGUGACUGCAAUAUCUGCAUAGAUGGCAGCAGUUUUUUAGGAUUUCAAAUAUUUGGUGUGGUUGAAAAUUAUACCUUUCAGAUAGAUAAUCUUGUCAUGUUUAAUAAUUUUGCCAGUGGAAGUCUUAUUUAUCACACAUACUGUAGCUAAGAGAGCGUAUAUCUACCAAAGGAUGACAUUUCAUGGAUCAUAAUUGGAAAUGAUACAGUUGAUGCACAAGCAAGUUGCAAUUUGAUGUGUUUAUAGACCCCAGAUAUAUAACAAACUAUUGGAAUACAUCUAUGCAUGGAGGUGCAGAACUAUACAUACAUUUUGACAUUUUGUGCACCUAAAAUAAAUGUUCUGCAUUGAAUUGGGUAUGCGUUGUUAUUUUUUAAAAUGUGUAUGUGUGAGAGAGAGACAAUGUAUAAUACACACAUUACGUUGUAACUGAAUAAACUCUCAAUAUUGAA